CGCCCUCACCUCUGCAAGGAUGUCUUAAAGGGACCCCACCUAUCAGGAGGCAGAUCCUGAACACAAACCACUGCUCCCUCAUCAGGUCGGGCGCGAUGAGGAAGAACGGGGCUAGUGUGCGAGAGGCAUGUCCGCCAUGUGAGGCCCUGGUGGCCUGCACAGCGUGUGUCGUCAUUACAUGAGAGGCAUUUACAGCAGCCGGGUAAAUGGGUCAGUAUGUCCCCACAUGUUAGCUGCUGUCAUUGCCACAUCCCACGCUCUGCUCCGUGGACUCCCUGACAACCACAAGAAAUGGGCACGGACACCGGCCCACUCAGCAAUGAGGAAGCCCGGGCUCAGAGAGGUGAAGUCACCUGCCCGAGAUCACACAGCUGGGCCCUGGAGGACCUGAACCCGGGAUUGCAUCCUGGCUUGGGCUCAGUCCCUGCCCCAGCCUCCUUCCCUCUCACAGCAGAAGUGCCGGGGGCCUGGCCGCCACAGGCCCUUUGGCAGGUCCCACCCAGGCAGCACGGGGGCCAGUCACCUCCAUCCGUGAGCUCAGGUACUGUGCAGGGGCAGGCCCCCCAGGCCUGGAGAGCGGAGGGCGCCUGGCAAGCUGAGGGAAAGGGGAGGGGACUGGGCAGGCAAACCGGUCCGGUCCGUCAGGCAGCUCAGCUCCUGGCUCCCGGGCCUCUCACCAGUUGGGCCUGCCCUGGCGGCGGCGGCGGGGGAGCUGAGGCCUCCAGACCCAGGCAGCAAUCAGGUCUCGCGGCUUCCUGGACGUGGGCUCCUGCUGCUGGCGCCAGGGGCUGGGCAGCCGGCCGCCAUGCACCAGCACUACACCGUCCACUUCGCCAAGGGCACCCUGCCCCCCCGGAGCCCUACCGAGGGCUACUUCUUGGAUCCAGAGUUGGGGCACCAAAAAGGAUGCUGUCAGCAGUGGUGCCAUGACCCAGCGGCCCUGCCAGCCCACAGGCCCUAUCAGCUGUCCCCCCAGGUGUGGUGGCAGCUGGCCUACCACAGCCACCAGGGGUGUGUCGGGGGCUGUCGCUGGGGCCCCCAGCCCCCUAUCCUGCAGCAGCAGAGGCAGCCCCACCCCGCACCUUCUAGCCCCCUGCGGCAGCAUCUCUGCCCUGUUCCUGGUGCCCAGAAGGGAUCACCUACAACCACCACUGCCCCCAAGGGACCGGCCUGCGCCCCCCAGCUGCCCCCUGCACCCACCACAGCACCCACCAUGGCCAGCAGAGGCCCAGCCCUGCCCUCCGCAUCCAGCAUCCACAGGCCCACUGAUGCCGGGUCCUGCAGCUCCGAUAUCCUGACAGAGGAUGAUGUAUACUGCAGCUGCCUGGCCAAGACCCUCUGCCACGUGCCUGUGCCUGUGACCGUGGGUUUCUAUGCCGCCUUUGGCUGCCGCCUGCACCUGAUGCUGGACAAGAUCACGGCGCUGAUGCAGCAGGACGCGAGGCAGCUGGAGGCCGAGCUGCUGCAGCGCGUGCAGUGGCGGCCGCGGUCCGUGCGCGGCUGGGGCUUCGUGCAGCUGCUGUGGUACCUGGUGUUCCUGCAGCCGAUCAUCUCCGAGGUGCACCUGCGGCGCAAGAACGUGAAGUUCCUCUUCAUCCGCUUCAGCGCCUGGCAGUACGAGGGCUCGGACAAGCUGUGGGCCGGCCUGGUGACCACGCUGUGUGAGGGCAUCCGCCACCACUACGGCGCGCUGCCCUUCAGCGUGUACUCGGUGAUGGGCAACAAGCCGAUCACGGCGCCGGGCUUCUGCCAGCGCGAAUGGCGCUGCCGGCGCCGCGUGUGCCUGGCGCUGGUGGCCGUGGUGGCGGCGCUGGCCCUCGGCGUGUCCCUGCUCUACCUGUCCCUGGGCGGCCACGCGCAGAGCCACAGUAGCGCGCACAGCAGCGUGAUGCGGGCGUUCGGCGGCGCGGCCACCACGCUUUCGGGCUCGGGCCUGCUCAUGGCCGUGUUCUCGGUGGGCAAGCACCUGUUCGUGAGCCAGCGCAAAAAGAUCGAGCGGCUCGUGUCGCAGGAGAAAUUCGGCAGCCAGCUGGGCUUCAUGUGCGAGGUGAAGAAGGAGGUGGAGCUGCUCACCGACUACCUGUGCUUCCUGGAGAUCUACCAGCGGCGCCGGCUGCGCGUCGUGCUCGAGAUCACCGGGUUGGACACGUGCUACUCUGAACACGUGGUGGGCGUGCUCAACGCCAUCAACACGCUGUUGUCUGACUGCCACGCGCCCUUCAUCUUCAUCCUGGUGGUGGACCCCAGCAUCCUGGCCGCGUGCCUCGAAAGCUCCGGCUCCAUGAAGGGCACGGCCGACAACGGCUACGUCUUCCUCAAUCGCACUGUCACGCUGCCCUUCUCCGUGCCCAUCAUGGGCCACCGCACGAAGCUGCAGUUCCUGCACGACGCCGUGCAGAGCCGCGACGACCUGUUGUACCGCGAGAUGACGCGCCAGCUGCGGCCACUGAGCCCGGGCGGUGACGAGGGCGCGCAGCUGCUGGCCCGGGACACGCAGGCGGGGGCCGAGCGCGCGCAGAGCCUCAUCGACGCAGAGGCGACGCGCCGCAUCCAGGAGGCGCUCUUCUGCCUGCACGACGAGCGCGACUGCCUCUACGAGUACGUGCCCGACAACCUGGUGUGCAUGCGGCGCAUCGUCAACACCGUGCCCAUCACCUUGCGCCUGCUGCAACAGCAGCAGCGGGACUUCGGGGGCCCCACGCCGCGCCAGGCCGUGGCCUGGGUCGUGCUCGCCAACCAGUGGCCCUGCCGCCUCAGCUGGGCGCUGCAGUGCCUGGAGGACCAGCAGCAGGCCGGGGGCGCGCACGAGGCCCGCGCGCGUCUCUGGGACGUGUUCCGCGACAACAGCAGCGAGCUGCACUCCCUGACCAAGGAGCUGCAUAACGUGCUGGACCUGGACGGCGACCCCGAGCUCUUCCAGCGCUUCCUGAGCGCCGACUUCCCCUUCACCGUGGCCGAGGCACAGAACCUGCUGCGCUGCACAGUCAACCUGGACCAUUCCAUCCGCCGCCGCAUGGGCCUUCUCCUGGCGGUCAAAGCGCUCAAGCCGCCCAGCCCGCCCAAGUCCCCAGCCGGCGACGCCCCCCACGCUGCUAAUGGAGCCAACCACACCUCUUCGGCGGCCUCCACCGCCCACGGAGCCAGCCAUGGAGCCAGCCACGACUCCCGGGCUGCCCGCGCUGUCACCAGAGCCAACCAGGCCCGCGAGGUCCCCCACCCCCGAGACAUGAAGCACAGGCAUAAGCCCAGACCCGUGGCUUGAGUGUCCUGCGCUUCGGGGAAUCCAGCUUUCAUUCAGGGGCGGUGCCUUGAAUGAAGGACUCUGGGGCAGCAAGGGCAACAGUGCCCCCUCUGCCCAGAUGAGGACACGUGCAGGGACCCAGAGCCCAGUGUUGGGAAUGAGGCCUGUGGUGGCCACAUUCCCCACGUAAAUCUCUGAGAGUAGCUGACAAUAGUGCCAGUAUCCCAAAGCUGCAGGAGGACCACUGAAAACUCAGAGUUCAAGUGCAAUAAAUUAAGGCGUGAGAGCCCUUGAUUGGU